AUGGCACUAAGCAUUAUGUUUGCUGUUCGAUCCGGUUUUGACGGGCAACAAAAUCUCUCCACACACAGUCCAUACACCAGUCAGCUAGCUGCUAAUGCUACGUCUGACCCACAAGACGAAUCCCCAACCCAAAGACUCCCAGCUAGUUGUCAAAAUUUCAAAUGUUCAAACGUGCCUUGCUGGCUCACCUCGACGCUAUUGUUUGAAACGGUGAUCAUGCCCAUGCUUCAUGAUCUGGCUAUGACCUUCGUUAGCUGUCGCAACAAAAUUAUUGUCAUUGGGACAUGGAUCGAUCUAAUUGAAGUAAUUGCUGCAUAUGUAGCUUUAUCCGACAUCAAGACGAUGAAGAGCUGA